GUGGCCCACUGACCCACCACCACUGAUGCUGCUGAUAGAAGUGCCUUUCGCCUGCACCUGAACGGGAGCAUGUGUGCCGUACGGCAGGCCUGCAUUCUCCCCGUCCACCACCCUGCUACACGUCCACUCCCCAUAUUCGAUUAUUUUUGGCUCAUCAAGAUGGGCUUUUUGACCCAGAGUCCCAUGCCAUCCUACUCCGUGUGGGCUAGGGUCGCUGCGUGCAGGGUGCUCUGAUCAUGAAAGAUCGUGAAGGGAACGAUCAGCAGAUUCUCCCCUUUAGCUAGACCUCUAGAGACUGACGAUGAGGCGGACCACAAUGCCCCGUAUUGUCAGGCAGAACCUUGCCUCGCCUUAAAUGAUCAAGUCCGCUUUUCGGACUCGCUAGCGACAAGCUGAAAGUAGGCUCCAUACUCGCAGCUGGCUUCAACUAGUGCGGGAAUUUGAGUCGCAAGCGGCGGAAUGGCGGGCGAGAAGCUGACGUACGGCGACGUGGUGUGCCUGGGAUGCAUGGAUCUGCACGGCUACCUGACGGGGUCGGGCCUGGUGGACGAGCGAGUGCGAUGCGAGAUCCUGGACGACAAUGUGGAUGUUCCGCCGUGCCUCGAUAACGCCAAGUUCGAAGUGCGCAUCAAGUACCAGUACUCGCUGUGGAACACGAAGGACGACGCGCAUGGCAGCAGCUUCUCCCGCCACGGUCACGUCCCGCACAAAGAGGGGGAAGGUGCCAGCAAGGCGGAGCAGGCUUUCAACAAUGCUGAGUUUGUGCGGUCGGUGGGCAGCCCUGUGCUGUACGGGCAGGUGGUGCAGCUGCUGCACGUGUCCAGCCACAAGUUCCUCACUGUCAAGCGCACCCAGUCAGAGCUCGAGAAGUCCCACCUCAAGGUUGUGCUGCAGAAGGGUGGAGACAUGGGCUCCUGGUUCUGUGUCACUCCGACGUAUAAGAUCAAGAGGGAAGGAGAGCACGUGGCAUUCGGUGAUGCAGCAACGUUCACAAGUGUCAAGUUCAACGGGGCUGGGCUGCGCGUGUCCGAGGGAUCAUGUGACACAACAGUCAUGGGCACACACCCCUACGUUGCGGAUACCAGAGAGGUAAAUGCGGGUCCUGAGAUGGCAGGGUGGCGGAUCAUCCCCUUUGCCCUGCACGAGUCUCGCAUCCCUAAUGCGCGCCAGCUGCUCAAGGGAGGUGACGCAGUCACGCUCAUACAUAGAGCGAGUGAGAUGAAUCUUGUGUGCGACGAGGGCAAAGUCGUCUUUGAAGCUCGUGUGCAGGAUGGCGGGCCGAGUUCCAAUGCCCUCUGGAUGGUUCAGCCCACCUCGGUGGAAUGGGGGGGCCGCCCUCUGCCCUAUGACCAGGGCUUCACGCUGCGCCAUCUGGCGUCGGGUCUGUUUCUGGAGUCCAAGCGCCUGCCGCAGAGCUCCCAGGAACUCAGGCUUGACGACUUCAGUGGUGCGCUGACAGUGACGGACCUGUAUCGCAAGCCCAGCACCAUAUGGACCAUUGGCGCUGUCACACAGGGCUAUGAUAAGUCUGCCGUGUUGUAUCAGUCGCUGCUUCGCUGCCAGGGCGCGCAUGGGUACGUGUCGGGGGGCCUGGGCGAGUACUCCAUGUCGUCGGGGGACCCGUCCAGCCGUGCGCUGCUGGCGCAGCUGGACUCGCUGUACGAGCGCAAGUCAGCCGGCCUCACGCAGUCCUGGGACCAGAAGGAUGCGCUAGUAUUCGAGGUCGCGUCAAACCAAGCAGUCAAGCUCACAUGCACGCAAGCACACUCGGCAGCGUGCGUGCGCAACUUUGUGGCGGCGCUGGAGCGGGUGGACGACAUCGACGCAUGCCAGGAUGACUACCAGCUCAAGAAAAGCAUCCGAUCCUCAGGUCUCCUACAAGUUCUGCUAAAAUACGGCCCUGCGGUGUCGGAGCAGUUGGAGCGGCUGAUUCGCGCCCUCGUGGUGUCGGACAUGCCCGAUGUGCUCAACCUCAGGGGCCCGCCCAACCAGGUUCACCAGGUGCUGCAGCGGGAGCAGAAGGUGCUGACGGCAGUGAUGACGGUCCUGGAGACGCUGCUCAUCCGCAAGGGCCUGCCGCAGAACAGCAUCAUGCACCCGCACCUCUUUGGCGGCUUCGACGUGCGCCGCCUCUGCAAGCUCGUCAACCGCUACCUGCAGGCCGCGUGCCGGCGCUGCCGCCCCAAUCAGGACCAGCUGGCGCCGUACAUCCCGCUGCUGGAGCAGCUGGUGGGCAACGAGAUCUACACGUCGGGCACCCUCAUGGCCAUCGUGGCUGACAAUGAAAACAUCAUCUCGUCCGUCACUGUCGAGAAUAUCCGGCAGCGCAUCAUCAACUGCCGCACUUUCCAGCGGCCGCGCGACAUCCGCUUUCUCAACAUCAUCUGCAGCUGCGGGGGCGCACCGGUGCGCACGAACCAGAACGUGGUGGUGGACAUCCUGCGCGAGAACAGCGACGUGCUGGUCAAGGCGCGCGUGGCGGCCUCGCAGCAGGGCGUGGGCGAGGAGACGCUGCUGCUGGAGCGCGACGGGCUCGUCGUGGACUGCGGCGCGCUGGAUUCGCUGGACAAGCUGGGGGCGCACUCCGACUCCAUCCACCGAUCGCCACAAGAGGUACUGUUUCUGUUCUACGUGGUGACGCUGGAGCUGUUCUGCACACUGUGCAUGCAGCGCAACCGCAAGGCCAUCGACUGGCUGAUCGAGGACAGCGACCUGUACGGGCUGGACUACCACACGCUGCGCAUGGUCGUCUUCAACCCCUCGCUGCCCUUCUUCCUGCGCACCAACUGCUGCCGCCUCCUCACUCACCUCUACAUCGACCGGGAGCCCUUUGAAGAGCGCUCCUACACCCGCCUCGUCCUCACAUGGCCCACCAUCGACAGCCGGCAGCCGUUCCCCGAGGAGGAGGCAUCGGAGGAGGACGACGUGACGCGCGCCAUGGCGGACCCGUUCCUGGCGUUCCCGCUCAAGGCACCUGAGCCCGGGUUCACAGCGCUCAAGCACAACAUCCUCGACUUCCUCCCCGCCACCACACUCGAACAGACUACCAGCCGCCCUGGGCAGAGCUCGCUGACCUUCGCAGUGCUGCAGACAGCCAGCCUGAUGCUGCAGUUUGGGCUGUUUGGGAGCUUCUCGGGGCAGGGCGACGAGAGCAUCGCGCCCAUUGUGGAGGCCGUGAUCCCGCUGCUGGAUGGCCGCACCGAGAAGUGGGGCGAGGACGGUGCUGGGGCGGGGGACGCGACGGGGAACGCUCUGCGGUUCAAGAGCGAUCCAGAGUCGAACAUGAACACAGUGAUGGAGGCGAAGACGGUCAUCUGCUCCAUGCUCAUGUACAUCUUCGACAUGCGCAGCAACUGGUGCAUCACUACCGCCUUUGCGGCCUACUCGCGUCUGGGCGACCGCACCACCACAGUGCCCUGGGACAUGCCCGCCAACCUCUCCCGCCCCACCCCCGACCCCACGGACGUGCCCUCGCCUGCUGUAGGCGCCCCCCCCUCCCCUGCGUCCUCCGCGCUAGAAUCCACCACCGCAUCCACGCAGGACCUCUCUGGUUCCAACUCCGCUCUGGCACGCGCCUUGGCAGCGGUAGACGGUGCCACCAGCCCCCAUGGGGAUAGAGCAGGAGCUGCAGCGGCAGGCGCGGCAGGGAUGGUUGGGUUGCCGUCGGCCAACAGCACUGGGGGCCUGGCAGCGGUGGCGCUGGCAGCGAUGGCGGCAUCGAAGGACUCGAGCCGCAAGUCCAUGUGGCGGGGCAUGCGGCUGAAGCUGGAGGCCAACAACCUAAAGACGCACGGCCGCGCCACCUUCCGCAUGGUGCCACCCGACUCGUCCGUGUUUGAGACUCUCAGCGCGCAGCUGUUCAAGCAGCCGGCGCUGAGCCCGCUGGUGGAGCGCGUGUCAGAGGGCGGGCUGCCGUACAUGCUGGAGGUGCUGCUGGACCUGACGCGCUACCAGUACGCGCCGCUCAAGGCGUACGCGUUCUCCCUCAUCGACCGCUACAUGACGGAAAAGGCGUCGCUGCUGCGCAAGAUGCUGGAGUGCCACAUCAUCGUGGAUGCGGACAUGAUGCUCGUGUACAAACAGGUGGCACGGGACGUGAGUGUGCUGCGCAGUCUGCAGGGGUGGCUGGGCAGUGACGACACGCGGCUGCGAGUGGAGGUGCGGCGGCGCUGUGUGCGCCUGCUGGGGCGCUUCCGAGCCAUGUGCACCGUGGGGCCGGGGCAGAACGAGGCGCAGGUGCUCAAACACCAGACCAUCCUGCAGACCGUCGGCGCCCACCUCUGCUCAGUUGAUCUGCUGCGCACGCCCUUUCGGCGGGUGGCAUCGCACGAGGCCGGGGUGAUGGACUGCAUGAGCGACAGGGGCCUGCAGGACCUCUUCUCCGCCGCCUACCAGUUCCUCGCUAUGUUCUGCGCGGGCGUGGUGAACGAGGAGCUGCAGCUAGCCUUGCACGCGCACAUGGCGGUGUUCCUGCCGCACCGCGGGCUGGCGAACCUCAACGUGACGGCAUUCCUGUGCGCCAUGCUCAAGGACAACUACGAGCUGUGCGCCGCCAUCGCGCACGACCACAUGUGGGCCUGCGUCAAGCUCAUCCUGCGAUACGGCAAGCGCGCCACCUGCCUGCAGUUCCUCGAGACGGUGGUGCUGGUGAACGGGAAGCCGAUAUCGCGCAACCAGAUGAUGGUGCUGGAUAUGAUCAUCGACUACGAGGACCAGAUCUCCGGCCUGCCCAAGACGCCCACGCACUGGCGCUGGCGCGAGGCGCUCAUGCGCCGCAACGAGCACAUCACUACGGGCGCCGACAGCCAGCUGCGCUACCACACUGCGUACGUGUCGCUCAUCGCCGCCGGGCUGGUGGGGCUGGGCGACAUCAUGGGCACGCUGCUGUGGCUGGCGGGCGAGACGGCUGUGAGCGCUGCUGCUGAUGCAGAGGGGCUGAGCGACGUGGGGUGGGACGAGGAGGACGAGGAGGACAUGCUGGAAGAGGAGGAGGAGGAGGAGGAGGAGGAGGAGGAGGGGAUGGACGAGGAGGGGGAGGAGGAGGGCGGAGAGGACGCGUCGGACGCGUGGAACAUAGAGAACAGCUCGGAUGGGGAUGCGCAGGAGAUGGCGGACUCGUGGUCCACCGUCACUUCGGAAGCGGGCUCUGUCAGGGGAGCUGUGAAGCGAGCGCCAGGUGUGGGCGGUAGCGGGCGCUCACAGUCGUCCUCCUCACAGCGGCGACUGGACCCACGCAUGUCGCAAAGCUUCCCUGCGUCACUGACCAAGGAGGAGGAGAGGGGGCCGUCGCUGCGAGGGAAGAAGGGCAGCCAGAGCUUCAAGGGCAGCCGCGGGGGCAGGGGCUUGUUUGACGAGGGCAAGGGGGAGUGGGGGGAGGACGGGGAGAUGGGUGAGUUGGAGGAGGAGGAUGCAGAGGGGGCAGCACAGGUGGAGCAGGCGCGGGCCUUGUGGCGGAAGACCAACUCCAUGCGCACGUGGCGGGGCGAGUCGGGCGAGUGGGAGUGCCGGCCCAUACCCCUGGAGGCGAUUCACGUGGUGAAGGCGGCGUAUGUGCGGCUGCUGCACCAGGCGUACGUGACAGGGCACAGCGACAGAGCCACCGCGGAGAUCAGAGACGAGGGCAACGGCAUGUGGCCCGACACACGCGACACAGAGGGGGAUGGGCAAAACGGGAUCGGGGGCAGGACACCACGUGGAGCCGGAGGAGGAGGUGGAUCAGUGGGUGGGGUUGCAUCCGGUGGUAGUGCUGAGCUGGGUGGGAUGUCCUCGAGUGCAGUGGAGAAGGGUGCGGGGUGGCAUGGAAUGGAUGGGUCAGUGGUGGGGAGGGGGCAGCGGGUGUCGCUGAUGGAGGACACAGUGGGCGAGCUGCGCCUGGCUGCAGAGGAGAGCUUCGACCACGCGGCACCAGAGGGGUCGGCGCUGCACUACAUCACAACGGCCGCGCUCCCCAUGCUGUCGGCGUACUUCAAGAGGCACUUCACGUCGCGCGCCGCGCUGCCGGACUCGCACCGCAAGGUGCUGGACGAGCUGGUGGCGGGCAUCUGGGAGCUGUGCACGCAGCUGCCAGCGGCGCAGCAAGAGGCGUGCGUGCGGUGCGUGGAGGAGAUGAAGGCGGCGGGCGCACUCAAGGGCACCAUGUACGACCCGCUCCUGCUGCCCUUCGCCAUGGACCGCCAGAUGUCGCGCCUCAAGUCGUCGGAGCUGGCGCGCAAGGGCGUGGUGUUCAAGGGCAACUGGAUGAACUUCUCACGGCUCUUCUCGCACGCGCUCGAGAUCACGGACUUGCACACCAUGGAGGGCGCUGGCGCCAGGGACCUGGCUCUGCUGCUGUCGCAGCAGCGCCUCGUGCUGAACUCCGUGCCGCCCUUCCACUACUCGGACGUGGUGCGCCAGCUCACGCUGCUGCUCUCCGCCCCCAAGAUCCCCCAGGAGAUGACCCCCGAUCUCAUCGUGCGCUUCCUGCGCGUGUGCCGCGCCAUGAUCUAUUUAACAGAAGACACUGACACCAGGUCCGACCUCCCCUCAGGAGUUGCACCUUCCGCGUCCUCCUCUUUGCCAGUCUCUGCUGCUGCCUCUGCUUCCUCCUCGUCCACUGCCUGGCUGGUGAACGACGACCGCAAGCCCCUGGUAGCAAGCAUCACCCACUCCCUGGGUGCUGCUGUUGGGGGCGCCCCUGCUACCUCCGCCUCUUCUGCUUCCUCUGCAUCUGGUGCAGGUGGGGGGGAGAAGCGGGAGGAGCAGGUGGCGGUGGGGCUGCUGGUGCUGCGGCCAGAGGAGAAGGCGCGGGCCAUGAGCAAGUGGGAGAUGUUUGAGGCGUCCCUGCCGGUGCGCUACUCUAAGGCGUCGCUGGACGCGCUGGACCGCGUGCAGUGCAAGUACGCCGACCUGGGGCUGGCGGAGUGCGCCGUGCGCCUCGUCAGCCACGGCAACCAGUGGGUGCAGGCGGAGGCAGUGAAGCUGGCGAUCGCGCUGACGGACGAGGGCAACGGCAAGGUGCAGGACCUCAUGUACGCCGUGCUGGUGGAGGACGGCCAGCUCUUCUUCACCGUGCAGAAGGUGCUCGCCGCUGCUUCCUCCACUAUCAAGUUUGUGCGCAAGGGGCUGGACAAGCAGGAGGCGCGAGCGAGGAAGGAGGCUGCUGGGAAGAGGCAGAUGCAGGAGAUGAUGGGGGACGGGCAUUUCGAGGAGCGGGAGGGGGUUGGUAGUGAGAGUGCUCGUGGCAGUGUGAGUGGUUUUUUCCGGGGGAGGAGUGUGCCCAUGUCCAUGCCGCGUGCGUCCUCUGCCAUCAGCUCGCGAGGCAGAGGGCCGGCCGAGGGAGGAGAGGACGCUGCUCCAACAGUCACUGCAGCAGCAGCAGCAGCAACAGGAGCAGGAGCAGCAGGUGGAGGAGGGGGAUCAGCGGGUGGAGGGUCAGUUCUGACUCCGUCCAUGCGCUCGCGUCUGCUCCAUGCUGCGGCCAUGAUGAGGCGUGCUGCAGCCAGCGAUGCAGGGGCAGGAGACACGUCCAAGGGGGGAGAGCAGCAGGGAGAAAAGGCGGGGGUAGCGAGAGGAGCAGAAGCAGGCAGUGGGGAGAAGAAAGAGGGGGGGGAGGGGGAGGAGGGAGUGGGGACAUUGCGGGCGUUUGCCAAGUCCAGGUCGUGGCGCAUUCCCCACGUCACUCUAGCAGAGAGCCCCAGCAUUGCUUCGGACAACGCCAGCGCCCCCACAGCCUCUGCUGGCAGGGGUGGCACAGUGACAGGCAGGGGCGGCAGACCGCCGUCGCCCCGCCACAAGCGCAUGCUGAGGAGUGGCAGUAGCUGCAGCGAGAGUGGGGACGUGGUAUCUGCUGUCAGCUCUGGCCCCGCCGCGCCUUCCGACGCCCGGGGCGGUCCUCGCCUGCGCAUGUUCCGCCGCGCCGUGUCCUCUGUGGUCACCAGAGAGCUCCCCCGUGCCCCCUCCUCCUCCUCGCCCUUCCACAUGCCGCGCUCCAGGCCGUCCAUCGAUGGCGGUGGCAAGGGGGGCAGGCGGGUAGAGGGCAGUGCAGUGCGCGAGGAGGACGAGGACGAGGACGAGCACGAGGGGGGUCUGCGGCAGGAGGAGGAGGACGGCUUCCAGCUGUGGAAUGUGGAGGAGUCGGCGAGCCACAAGGACACCACGCUGCACAAGAAGGCGUGGGUGGUGCUGUCGGGCCACGUCACCAACGUGCUGCGCAUGCUGCAGCUGCUGUGCGAGGGGCACAACGCGCGCAUGCAGAGGCUGCUCAGAGUGCAGGACGACACUGUCGCAGCAGCCGCCGCUGCCAGUGCUGGCGGUGGAGGGGGCAUGGCUUAUGACGCUGGGCCCUGGGGGACCAGCAGAGGGGCGGGCGGCAGCAGUGGCGGCAGCAACGGUCGCAGUGUGAACCUGCUGCAGGAGAUAAUAGUUUUUCUGGAGCAUCUGCAGCCGUCGCUAGACAAGAAUCUGUCCCAGCACAGCCCACUGCUGGCUCAGAUCGCUCUUCAGGCACUGAACACCCUACUGGAGGCCAUCCAGGGCCCGUGCUUUGAGAACCAGCUGGCGCUGGUGCGGUCCAACUUCCUGUCCAUCACGCAGCGCAUGAUGGCCAGCCUCACCUACCGCGACGAGCGCGUCCCCGCAUCCGACGACCAUGUGGGGGGGGGCGAGCAGCCAGUGCGCUUCAGCCCUGAGGUGAUCGCCAAAGUGCUCAGCUACACGGCGCUCGGGGACAGGCCCGCUGGCAGCCUCGACUGCCCCAUGCUGGGUCCAAACGACCUGCGCACGUGGCUGCGCAACGGCAUCCUAUCGGUGUACCUGUCGCUGCUGGAGGAGAUCGGCAGCAACCACGAGAUCCCCAGCAAGAUGGCGGCCGUGAUCGACUUCUCGGCGCUGCUGCAGCGCUGCCGCCACGUGCGCGGCACCAUCCUCAACGAGUUCGACGCCUUCUCCUCCACCGCCGCUCGUCGGUUCCGCGGCCGCUCCACCCUCUCCCUCUCGGAGAUGCUCGAGGCCACAGGCCUUGCUGCUGUCGCUGCUGCUGCCACGGGGGGUACUGCUGGUGCUGCUGCUGCUGGGAAUGCUGCUGCUAGUGGUGGCAGGCGCAGCAGCGCUGCUGGUGUGGUGGCUUCAGGGGGCGGCAGCAGCAGCGGGAAUAGUAGUGUUGGCGUUGGGAGCAGUGCAGGUGGGAUGAAUGAUGGAGGAGAGAGGGCAGCACCAAUUGGGGGAGAGGAGGGUUCGUUGCGGGUGGAGGGGUCGAAGCUGCCGCUGUGGAUGACGUUCAACUCGGACGCGCUGAACCACCUGCUGCCGUCGGAGGUGCUCAACUCGCUCAUGAUCAUGAUCAAGCUCGACGACUUCGACCGCUGGAUGUUCGCCAGCAGCGAGGCCAGCAACGCCGCCACCAGCAGCAGCGCUGUGCAGGCAGCGCGCGACUGGUCGGGCGCGGGUGGGCGGCGGGCGGUGUUUGCGACGUGCACGUACUCGAUCUUGAAGUGCGACAAGCCGCAGCGCUGCGGCACGCUGUGCUUUGGGCACACGCUGGCGGUGAGCGACAGCGAGCUCCAGGGCUUCUUCUCGCACUCGUCGUGCGCCAUUGAGGUGGUGCGCGAGGGGCAGCUCGAAAAGGUCUACUUCCCCCUCACUGCCGAGUGCCGGCGGCUGUCUCGCGACCCUGUGUGGACCAUGGCGGCGCUGGAGGAGCUCUACGACGUGCCCAGGGAAAACCCCAUCCAGAAGGUGCAGCACUUCAUGCGGGCGGCGCGUGUGCUGGUGCUGAAGUUGCAGCACUACGAGCGCAUGCGGCACCGCCACCCGUGGGCAGGGUGGCUACAGGACAUGCUGCCGCAGAUCAAGCGCCUGCCCUUCUACACGUCCAGCCUCAUCGUGGCGCUCAUUGUGUUCAGCUACGGCCAGACCAUGCAGCCGUGGGCGCACUACGCCUUUGCACUGGCGCUCAUCCGCGUGCUGGGAGUGCUGCAGCUGCUCGUCACGUGCCUGGCGCUCAUCGGCUUCAUCUGGCUCGAGUCGCCGCUGCUCGUGCUCAAGGACGUGGGGGGGGACGAGAGGGAGGCCGACAUCUCAGAGCGCAUGACACGCGGUGACACGGCAGCAGUGGAUGCGGGGGAGGCGGGGCUGGACCAGCGGCUGAAUGAGUCCAUGGACCUCACAGGGGUGCCCAAGAGGCUGCUCUUUCGCAACCUCGACUUUUGGUACUCCGUCCUCAUGGUCGUGGCCAGUGUGCUGGGGCUGUGCGUGUCGCCCUUCUUCUUCGUGUUCCACCUGCUGGACUUCAUCAUCUACCACCCGUCGGGCGCCAUCGUGCUCAAGUCGGCGUACGUGGGCGGGCCGCUGCUCAUCCGCACGGGCUUGGUGGGCAUCCUCGUCAUCUUCAUGUACUCCAUCGUCUCCUUCCUCGCCUUUGCCGGCCACGACGACUUCGCCUGCACCACGCUGUACGAGUGCAUCGGGCUGCACCUCGUGAACGCCAUCGCCAGCAGCAGCAUCGGCGGGCUGUGGCACAACUGGGACACGGUGCCCACGUCUGUGGUGACGGACGUGUGGCGGCAGCUGCGCACGGUUUUCAUCGUGUCUUUCCUCAUCGUCUGGGUCUUCCUCCUGCAGAACAUCUUCACUGGACAGAUUGUCGACGCCUUCACCUCCAUUCGAGAUGAGAAGGCAGCCAAGGAAAAGGACCUUGACGACAAGUGUUUUGUGUGUAGCAUCGACCGGUUUGCGUUCGAGCAGCGGCUGGGGGGGUUCGUGGAGCACAUAGCGCACGAGCACAACCCGCUGCACUACCUCUUCUACAUCGACUACCUGCUGAAGCGCAACCCCACGGAGUACACGGGGCUCGAGUCCUUCGUGCGCGCGCACCUGGAUGCGUCCAACUACGACUGGAUCCCCAUCGGGCGCGCCAUGCACACGGACCGCCUGCAGCAGGUGCGCGCCAAGCAGAACGACAGCCACGCGUCGCUGGACUCCAUGCGUGCGGCCGUGGAGCGCAUGGAUGCGCGCAUGCGCCUACUGGAGGCCGCCAUCGACUCGCUGCGUGGGGAUGUCACCAAGGGGUCCAUCCGCAACAAGGGCGGCAGCAUCAGUGGGCGGCUGGGCAGCAUGAAGGAGAGCACGGGCAGCAGCGGGUACAAGCGCGCGCUCACCUCGGGGUCGUCGUCGCGGUCCGAGUCGUUCCGGCGCACCAAGACCAUCGCUGCGGGCGACCGGGGCGUGGUGAGGGCGGAGAGCAAAGGGAACGCUGGACCCAUAGGUGGGGGUUUUGGGGCGGUGUCGUUGCGCAUGAGAGGCGUGAAGAGGUGAGCCGCACACGUGUGGCGAUGCAACGGGGCACGUGCACAUGAUCCAUUGCAUUGCAUGGUGCCCAUGCUGCAGCUAGGAAUGGAGGCACGGUAGGAUGACGAUUCACUAGUGAUGGGAGCAGGGGUGGGUGUGCCUCUCUAAAGGAUGGCACACGGUAGGAAUACAAACAUUGCAAAGGCAGUGGUAGGCUGUGCUUUGCACACACGAGGGUCAAUUGGCCCAUCUCCUCCCACAGGCACCUGCUGUGCUGCAUCUGAGGCUUUCUGCAGUGCUUACAGUAUAGAUAAGGCUGUGCACUGCACUGCACCUUCAGCUAUCGCCCAGUGGUGCUGUUGAAAAGGCUAUUGACAAGAUGUGCCUUUCUCGAACGAAGGCGACAGCAACAUUGCUUGACAAGGUGAGAUAAGGCAUCUAAGAGUCGUUGAUGUGGAUACAUUACCGUGUCAUUUAAAGCGAGGAUCUCAAGAAGCGCGAAAACCUAAUCCAUC